AUGCCUCACGCACUUCUGACAGUUGCUGGUGUGCAGUUCUCCUACGAGGACAGCGGAGCGCCGGUUGGAUCGACUUCUUAUGUUACUCUUGUUUUGGCCCAUGGCGCCGUCUUUCACGCUCCAAUCUUCCGCCGUAUGUUCCAGUAUGCAGCUGAAAACAAUAUGCGUCUCGUUGCUGUGACACUCCGGGACUAUCCUGGAUCCACUCCAUUCACAGUCGCAGAACAUGCUGCACUGCGUAGCCCAGAUUCUACAGUCCAAGCUUCUAUGAUUCGCGAUCGCGGAUUUGAACUUGCGGAGUUUCUCGCAUGGUUUAUUCGUACCGAGAAUAUACCACCGAUGUCGUUCUCAUCCAGCUAUGAUGAUGGUUGUGGAGAUGUUGCCGGCGGGAUGGCGAUCCUAGGAUGGUCGUGGGGGAAUUGCAUGACACUCUCAAUGUUGGCGCAUGCGGGCAGCCUUCCAACAGAACUACAGGAUUUCCUCAACCCUUAUAUGCGAACACUCUUCGUCUAUGAUCCGCCGCAUUUUGUCUUCGGUGCGCCGAAUCCUACUCUCGAGGAACUGUAUGUUCCUCAGCGGGACCCAAGAGUGCCCGCGAAUGCCGUCAGCGAACUAUUCACGAAUUGGGUCUCAAGAUACUAUCUUCAUUCCGACACGGUGCUAGGAAACUUACCUGCACUGAGCCGUGCCGAGCUGUUUUCAGGAAUCGCACAAGACGCAGCCGACAGUCUAUCUCCAGACACACAACUUAGCAUUCAGCGAAUGUCCGCAGCCGAGAUUGAUGUGGUCGCCGAUUUCUCAGUCAUGCAGCGUUCACACAUAGCCAUGAUGGACGUAGAUCUUUCCGUCUACCACGGGAACGCACGGCGCGCGCUUUUGGAUAAAACCACUUGGCCACGCCUGCGUGUUGUACACGUAUGGUGCGAUAGGUCGCCCGGGGAGAUCGUGUAUGCCGCUUGGUUCGCACACAAGAUGAUGAUGGAGUCUGUAUCAACGGAGGGACGAAGGGUUGUCUUUAAGCAAAUGGAACGAGCGAAUCAUUUCCCGCACUGGGAUCAGCCAGAAGUCACUGUACGCAUGUUGGCAAAGCUUACAUAG